CGCCGCCCAUGACGCCAUGGCGCUGCCGUGCGCGCUGCCGGCAGUGAACAUCAGUGGAUGCGGCUGCCUAGGUGGGCUCGUAUUUCAUCAUCAGUGAGCGACCCUAGUAGUAGCCGUCUCCCGCGCCUCUGCCGCGCCUGCGUCCCUCCACUGAGCCUACUAACUGUCAGACGGGAUUGAUGGAUAAGUACCGGAUGACCCCCACAGGGUCCUCGCUAGUAGUGCCGGAGGAAGGCAAUACCGCCGCUGAGGAUGUGAGGUAGACGGGCCCACAACGGCUCCAGUUGUUUAGACUCCGCCGACUGGGGAUCCCCUUCUCCGCAUCGCCUCCGUCCCAAUGUCCAUCCCCCGUCUUGGGCUCCUCCAUCUCCUGCGCAUCGUCAUCUGUCGACGCGCAUCCGUAAGCCUGUCACGGCAUCUCGUCGCCCGGAUCUGCGGCGGGUCAGUGCGACGAGGCGGGCGUGUAUAAGAAGCUGAGCCGCAUGCCUGACUUUUCCAUCUCGACAAUCUUCAGCAACAAUACAUCAUCGUCCAUCCUCUCCUACCAAUAAACACUCCAUUACAUAACGUGGCAGUCGAACAAUUACUCUUCCAAUUCCUCCCCUUACCUCUCUCUUUCUCAACUGCCCGCCAUGAUCGCCUCCGCCCUCACCCUCGGCCUGGUCGGCCUGGCCGCCGCGUCGCCCAUCGCCGAGCGCCAGGUGACACCGCACUACCCCGAGACGGCCAACUCCAAGGGCUUCCACCUCGUCGUCAACGUCACAGACCCGUCGCGCGACUUCCACCCGUCCAUCCAGAACACGUACAUUGUCAGCAUCCACACGGGCGCGGGGCUCGCCCUCGUCGGCAACGUCCCCACGGCGGACAACGCGCGCAUCUUCUACCAAAACGGCACGGCCGAGGACAAGCGCUACGGCCGGUCCAACGUCAUCACCGACGGCGGCACGCCGCCCUUCCCCUCGGGCCUCAAGCUCACAAAGGACCAGGGCUCCGACACGCUCUCGACGGCCAACCUCAACGCCGGGCUCGGCACCCCCGGCGUGGGCAUCGCCAGCUUCCCCAGCCCCUACGCCUUCCUGACCCCGGAGACGUGGAUCGCCUGCAACGAGAGCCUGCCGUACUACCAGGGGCGGCACUACGUCGUCUUCAAGCAGGCCGCGACGACGGUCGACAAGGACGGCAAGUCGCACGACAACGUGCCCCCGGGGUGCGCGCCCGUGCGCCUGUUGCCCGAGUGCACGCCGCUCAACGACCUGCCCCCGGGCUCCUCCGCGAGCCACCAGUUUGCCAUGGAGGACCGCUGCUACAAGGACGUCAAGUCCAUCAAGUGGAGCGAGUACGGGCCCUGAGCGGGCGGCGGUGCCAUGUGAUGAGCGAGAGAUUCAUUAUGCCAAGGGACUCGGCGACGCCGACUGCUUCUCUUUUUUCUUCCUUUGAAACGACAUGCGACGUGACGGUUUGGCUAUGGCGGGGGAAAAGGGUCUAGAACAUGCUAUAUUAGCGUUACACUCACUUGAUACCCAAUACAACCAAUGACUACG